UAAAAAACUACAAACAUGGCUGAUUUGCGAGACCGACGGACAGAGUACAUACUUGUAGACCACAGUGUUGUCUGCGGAGCAUGCGCACUGAUGACGACAGCACUAAAGAUGGCGGCGGUACGGAAGACGGGGUUCGGUGACUCCACAGCGGUUAUAUUCGCAGUUUUACUAUCAAUGCAGAUCCUCUCUUCGAGCUGCACAACGACACCGGCACCGGCACCGGAACCGGCACCAGCAGCUGGUGUGGCUCAGGUGACCAUAGACAAUAAAAACAAAACCACCUUUAUAGGACCUGACACAUCAAGCACCCAGAACGGCGGUCUUCCGGAGGAAUCAGUGAUGAAUGUGUCGGAAACUCCUGCUGUUGAAAACGACAUCAGCACCAAAUCAGCAGACACUCCUACCGCUUCACCUACGACUGCUGCCACAGACCUGCCCACAACCACUCCAGACCAGCCCCAAACCACUCCAGACCAGCUUACAUCCGCCAAACAGAAAUCACCAGAGCCCACCACUACACCCACAAACAAGCCCACCACCGACUCCACCACUGCAGCUGACGAAAUCGAGAUUACCUCAGAUUACAUGACCGACCGCAAGUCUCAAGAAUCAGACAACGACGACAACAACGACAACGAUGAUAGUGAAGAAAAAGAAAAGAAAAUUUACUCCUCUGAUGUGAAUGAUCAAAAAAAAGUCACCUACACCCCCCAGGAUGAAGAUUCCCACUUCUUCUUUCAUCUGGUCAUCAUUGCCUUUCUGGUGGCCAUUGUGUACAUCACCUACCACAACAAGAGAAAGCUGAUGCUGCUAGCUCAGAGUCGCCGCUGGCGGGAUGGUUUCUGCUCGCGCGGGGUGGAGUAUCACCGGCUCGACCAGAACGUCAACGAGGCCAUGCCUUCACUCAAGAUGACCAACGAUUACAUCUUUUGAAGGAAUGCAAACAGCUGAUUUUGUCCACACAUGGUGUCUUAUUUAAUCAGGGUAGGAGGGAUUGUGCUUUAGUAGUUUGUUUGUGUGCACUCUUCAGAUGGUCUUGUUCUCCUUUUCUUCUUCUUCUUGUUCUUCGGUGUCUAUAAAAUCAGAUGGUUUUGCUCUAAUUGUAAUAAUUCUUGAAGAAACGCAAAUGAAGAUCUGUCCCUGUAAAUAUUUGAUUAUAAAGCUGCUGUCUGUCACAUAGGCCCAGAUCAAAGUAGCGGUUCACGUUUGUGAAGGUGUGAGUUCAGCACAGCCAUGCUAACUCCAGUACAGCGUUAAAUGUGUGUGUGUUUGCUCCUUUAUGUUUGGGUUAUGACUUCAGUGAAGUUGUUUAAUAUGAGCCGGGUCUGCUGUUGCCAAAGCUUUGGAGAUUUAUGGGAAAUUAGCGUGCAACUAUUUUUUGUUUCCUUGUUUUUUUUUUUUUAUCCACUGCAUUUGAGCGUUGCUCCAUCUCAACAUGACUGUAGCAGCAGCCGGAGGAGUCAUAUCAAUAUGUGUGUGCAGAUCUGUUUCAGCUAUAACAUUAAUAACACGCAUUACAGCAGCUUCAUCUCUGAUUCCCGUCACAGCACAUGAAGGUAGUGUCUGUGCAUGAAGACAGCAUAUUGAUUUCUUUUUCAAUCAUUAGGAAUUUUGUUCAUCAAUAAAGCACCUCUGUAUGCAGACA